UCCACAGUCCACAGUUGCUCCUGCUUUCACGAGGACCGCAAGCAUGCCUCGAUCAAAGAAAGUGAGCUCGAUUUUAUGUCAUACGUCAGAACAGUCAGGGAUAGGCCGCGCUACCGCGAUUUAUGGGGAAGAAGCAGAACGUUUAGCUCGCGCGUGCGUAAAUAAGGAGCCACUACACGGGGUGCCUCAGCUAACUUGAGCCAAAUUAAAGAUAUGCGAAUGCCACGUAGCUGGACAGAACCAAGCUAAUGUUAUUUGCCGUCGCUUGGAGAUAAUCCGAUUACAUCUUUCAUUCCGCCUAUUUAGAUAAUUAUUCUCAAUUAAUUAAUCAACUUCAUCAAUAGCAAGAAACGCUCGGCAAGACCGAGGAGGCACAAAACAACACACGGGUGGUGACGCCGCCUUGGACUCCCCCACCAGCGUGAGGGCACAGAUUUGCGGAAGCUAGGAAAGGAACCAAGGCAGAAACAAAAAAAAAAAAAAAAAACGCGCGAACAAGCGAAGAGCGCAGCCUCCGUAUCGUCCGUUGAAAACGCUGGCCCGUUACGCGGCUCGUCGUUCAGUUCAAGUGUGACGCGAGUCACAGCGAGCGCGAGUAAGCGCGACGCACGCCCGGGUCUUCCCCACCGGCGAGAGGUUUCCUUACUAGGCUUGAGCGUCCGCGUGCAAGACGGAAGCCAGUGGAACGACGAGAGCGACAACGGUCGCGGAAGCGAGUGUUGACGCGUCGUCCGCACUCUGUGGUUUUCUACUUUGCGAGCCAUUCGGUGCGUUUCUGCUCUUUCUGCUCCCGUCGCGCCAGCCCCUCUGGGUCAAGGCCGACAGCAGCACACUUCACAACGCCGUCCGCCACGAUUGGGCUCUGCUCAUUGCUCGUCUCGUCGCUGAAGGCGCGCUCUGGCGUACCGGUUUGGUGACGCGGCCACACUGCUGGACGACGAGGCGGGCGGGCUGGAAGCAGCGGAGUCGCCAAGCGGUGCGAUGGCGGCCGCCUCGCUGCCCCACCGUCUACUGGCUGGCCGACCCGCGGUUCCCCGUCCAAGGCCUUGGUGCACAGAGAAGAUUCGCGCCGGUGGAGGCUUCGGGGUGGUGUACCGCAGCCCUGCCCGCGAGACCGGUGUGACCACGUUCAUGCCGCUCAUCGCGAGCAACUGCCUGUGCAACUCAGACGACGGCAACGUCACCUGGAGCGGACCGCAGUCGAUGCUGCAGACCAUGUACUGGGAUAAGAUGAAAGUGUCGGUGAAGAAAUCGUCGCCAGGUGGCGGCAGCUACAACCGGGCCUCGGACGUGCUGAUCGCCGAGCUGGAGAAAGUGCGUCGUCUGACCUUCCACCCUUACCUGCUGUGGCCGUUGGCCGUGAGCCCCGUUCACAACAUGGACGAUGUGCUGCUGGUCUUCGAGUGCGUGCACCUGGGCAGCCUUUACGACGUCCUACAUGGCGGCGGGGGAGUGCGUCGCCUGCAGGUUCAGGGCCCCGCUGUCGUCAGCCGAGGCUGUCUGCUGCUGGUGAUGCAGCAGGUUUGCGAAGCGCUGCUGUUCCUGCACAGCAGGCGAUGGGUGCACGGCUGCGUGUCGUCGCAUUGCGUCUACCUGGUGGCGCCCUGCCUAGGAAAGCUCGGUAACUUGGAGUUCCUGCAGAGAAGUGAGCAGGCAGGUGGAGGAGGAAGGCGUGCUUCUUCUUCGUCGGCGGACGUGCUGUACCUCCCUCCGGACGAGGAGUUCCUCGACUACUACUACCCUUGGCUCGCCCCCGAGGUGCUGAUGGGCCGCCGGCCCACCAUGCUGGCCGACUUGUACCAGUUCGUCGCUGUGCUCUGGGAAGUCUGCACAGGAGAAGUUCCGUGGGGCUCCGCGGAUCGCGCUGCGGUUGAGAGCGCCCUGACACAGGAGCACCGUGGACUGUGCCGCCGGCCUGAGAUUCCUCCGUCACUGGACACGCUGGUGGACGCCGCCCUGUCGCUGGACCCCGCCGACAGGGAAGUCAGCUUGGGAGACGUCUACCAAGCACUGGCAGCUGUCGUCAAGGAGGGUCAGAGCACUGUGGGACUCGUGGUGAGCCGACUGCAGCAAGCGAGCAACGCGCCCAGCGUCCGGUUGACCAGGACAUCGCGACGGACGUCGGCCACCGUGGCCCACAGGCCAGCUCCGCAGAGCUCUCGACCUCGUUAUUGCUCUCGUGAUUGUGUGGCCGACCGUGAUCCCAGAGGGCGUGUUGCGUCGACCGUGGUGGACGACCAGUCGGAGGCCACGAAUGAGCCCGUCACGCUGACCGACGAGGCCGCCAUGUACCGAUCGCCGCCUCCACGGCGGGUGAGGCCAUCGCUGCUGCCACGAGGGAGCCUGAACGUGGCCCUGCUGGGAAGCAAGUUCGACCAGGUGUCGCUCUCCUCGAGCAUUGACCCCAUGGACUUCACCAGGGACACACCCCGGGCACCCGCCUUCUCGGCCUGGACAGCAGAGAAGCCGUCGUUCGAGACUGCGGCCUCUGGGCUCGAUCGCCAGGUGGCCGUGCAUCAGCACCAGAGCGCACAUGGCAGCGUACGGCACGCCGUCCGACUCUGCAAGCCGGCCAGCCACUCGUACGGAGUGUCCCCGUUUGCGCAGCGAAGCCGACUCAACGCAACCACCAGCAAGCAUCAGCAGUGUACCGUGACGGACUCAUCGGGCACUGACACCGCCAGGGUCAUCAAGCUCUCCGGCCAGCAGCACCAGACGUGGCACGCACCGCGCGGUGACGUCGUGGAUCGACACCACAGCUCCAGGGGCACUAGCGUCUGCCGCACGGAUGCUGCCAUUCUGGAGGACCUCGGACAGGGCGAGCAGUACUACGUGAAGUCUGUGCAGACGAAGCCGAACCACUCGUACGAGGUCGAGGUUGUGACCCAUACGUGCCCGAUGAUCCAGCACACGCUCACGCUGACCAGCACCAACCUGCUAACUGGUCAGACCACCGUCACCGAGGAGUGCACCAGUGCCGAGGCGGUGCAGCUCCAGUGUAAUCCCAACCAGAUCAGCAUCACCAGUCCCAACACCAGCCUCAACUCUAUGGCGGGUGCCGCCUCUUUCACGACCGCUGCUCCACCGGCGCCGAAAGACUACCCUGCAUGUGCCUCGUGCUUUGACAAUAAACCAGCCGCGUCCGUGCCUUCGAACUCGGAGUCGUCGUCUUGAAGGCAGGCUUACAAAUGCUGAAGCUGUGUGCCGAUGGGAAUUGAAUGGAAGAACGCUCGCGUUCCGUCCUGCAUUGAGCGCA